GUCAGACCAGACCAAUGCAAAUAAAAUUAUCGCCAUUGGAAUGUGGUUGGAGGAGUGUUACAAUGGAUGGCAGAAGCAUUGAAUCAGAUCUUAUUGGAAAAGUAACUGGGAAUGGAAAUGGAUUGGCUGGAUUUGCGUUAUCAAAAGCCAAAGCAUCCCUAAAGACGAUUAAAAAUAGGGCUGGUCAAAGAUUAAUGUAUAUUCCUACAUAUAAGGAACACACUGUGUUACAUGAUUUCUUUACACAGUUUGAGAAUAUAAAAAUAUUUGUAAAGAAAAUUCAUGAAGGAUAAUGGCUUGUUUGUCAUCAUGCGAUAAAAGCGUGUUGCGAGAUAAUUGGCAUAAAGGAUAUGUAUGCCAAAGUACAAGGAGGAAUGUAAAAGCAUUCUUUAU